CGGCGCGCUCGGGCCCGGGCGGAGGCGGAGGGGCCGCGCUCCUCCCUGGCCGCCCCCGCCAUGGCCGACAACGAGAAGCUGGACAACCAGCGCCUCAAGAACUUCAAGAACAAAGGCCGCGACCUGGAGACUAUGAGAAGACAAAGAAAUGAAGUUGUCGUGGAGUUGAGAAAGAACAAAAGAGAUGAGCAUCUCCUAAAGAGGAGGAAUGUUCCCCACGAAGAUAUCUGUGAGGAUUCUGAUAUUGAUGGGGACUUCAGAGUGCAAAACACUUCUUUGGAGGCAAUAGUACAGAAUGCUUCAAGUGACAACCAGGGUAUUCAGUUAAGUGCUGUGCAGGCAGCAAGGAAGCUGCUGUCCAGUGACCGCAACCCACCCAUCGACGACCUCAUAAAAUCAGGAAUAUUACCUAUCCUAGUGCACUGUCUUGAAAGAGAUGACAAUCCUUCCUUACAGUUUGAAGCUGCGUGGGCCCUGACAAACAUUGCCUCUGGAACCUCGGAGCAAACCCAGGCUGUAGUUCAAUCCAAUGCUGUGCCGCUUUUCCUGAGACUGCUGCAUUCACCUCAUCAAAAUGUUUGUGAGCAAGCAGUGUGGGCUUUAGGGAAUAUCAUAGGUGAUGGACCCCAGUGUAGAGAUUAUGUCAUUAGCCUUGGAGUCGUGAAGCCCCUGCUGUCCUUCAUCAGCCCCUCCAUCCCCAUCACCUUCCUCAGGAACGUCACCUGGGUGAUGGUGAACCUGUGCCGCCACAAGGACCCCCCUCCACCCAUGGAGACCAUCCAGGAGAUCCUGCCAGCGCUCUGUGUUCUCAUCCACCACACCGAUGUAAAUAUAUUGGUAGACACAGUCUGGGCCCUCUCCUAUCUCACGGAUGCUGGCAACGAGCAGAUCCAGAUGGUGAUAGACUCUGGCAUUGUCCCUCACCUGGUUCCUCUCCUCAGCCACCAGGAAGUCAAAGUCCAGACUGCUGCCCUGAGGGCUGUGGGGAACAUCGUCACUGGCACCGACGAGCAGACACAGGUGGUUCUCAACUGUGAAGCUCUCUCACAUUUCCCAGCACUUCUGACACAUCCCAAAGAAAAAAUUAAUAAGGAAGCAGUGUGGUUCCUAUCCAACAUCACUGCAGGAAACCAGCAGCAAGUUCAGGCAGUAAUAGAUGCAAACCUUGUUCCAAUGAUAAUCCAUCUUCUAGAUAAGGGGGAUUUUGGGACUCAGAAAGAAGCUGCUUGGGCAAUAAGCAACUUAACAAUCAGUGGGAGAAAAGACCAGGUGGCUUACUUGAUUCAACAAAAUGUAAUUCCUCCCUUUUGCAAUUUGCUGACAGUAAAAGAUGCACAAGUUGUGCAGGUGGUUCUGGAUGGACUAAGUAAUAUAUUAAAAAUGGCUGAAGAGGAAGCAGAAACCAUAGCCAACCUUAUAGAAGAGUGUGGAGGCCUGGAGAAAAUUGAACAGCUACAAAACCAUGAAAAUGAAGACAUCUACAAACUGGCUUAUGAGAUCAUUGACCAGUUCUUCUCCUCAGAUGAUAUUGAUGAAGAUCCAAGCCUUGUUCCAGAAGCGAUCCAAGGCGGAACAUUUGGUUUCAAUUCAUCUGCCAAUGUACCAGCAGAAGGGUUCCAGUUUUAGAGUGGUAUUUUGGAAGUUUAGGUACAAUGCAGCACUGAAUAAAAAAAAAAAAAAGGUUUGAUCCAUCAA